UUCGAGAAAACGAUGAAACUUUUGAAAAUUCUACGAUUUUAUUUCGAGUACUUGCAAACUGAAUCGUGCCAAUGUGUUCUAUAAAUAAUAAUAUAAUUUCAAAAUUAUAGCAGAAAUAUUUUGUACUUGGCAAAACCCUGACGCAGUGAUAUAUCUUUCCUUGCACGUGCGCAAAAACUGAAGUGUAUAAAAAUUGAUGAUGAAAAAUACAGAACGAGAAAAGUUGGACGUUUCCCGAUGGAAGAAAUUGAAACGAUCUUGUGUGUAUCGAAAUUGCAGGGAGGUGGUGAGGUCCAUGGAGCGUCUGUACGCUGUGCCAUCGGAAAAGCUGCGAGUUUGGUCGAUUUGGCUGACGAAAAUCGUUGAAAUUGCCGACCAAUGGCAAAAGUGGUUACGUGCUCACAUCGAUUUCACUAUAAGGCUCUCAGACCGCUUGUACGCGGCCGAGAUGGCCGUAAGGCGGUCGAAAAUGGAAAUAGUGGAGUUGAGGAAAAUCUCUAGCAAGGUGGGACAAGCAGAUGAGGAGGAAAUGAAGUAUCUCUACGAGACUGGCGACUCCAUUCAAGCAGGAGAGGAUGGUUCCAUAUACGAGGAGGCAAUCGAUAUGCAAGAAGAAGAGCAGAGAUCCUCGAAACGUACAUUGGACAGAACAUCAACGAGACCGGAGGUCGCGUUAACAACAGCAGCAUCCAGCGUCACGUUGACACCAUCGACGGCUACCAUAAAAGAAGUAUCAAGCAUGUCGUUGCAACCAUCGCAGGUCACUAUAGUACGAGUACAAUCGGCUGCAUCGAGACAAGCCUCGAGGACUUCUGUAAAAUCAGCACCGUCGGCUACGUCGAGACAAGCAUCGAAGACUACUGUAAAAUUAUCGCAGUCGGCUACGUCGGGAAAAGCAUCGAAGACUUCUGUGAAAUCAGCACGGUCGUCAACGUCGAAACAGGGCUCGAAGAUUAGUAUAAAAUCAGCACAGUCGGGAAAAGGAUCGAGGUCUUCUAUAAAAUCAGCACUGUCGGCUUUUUCGAGACGAGUCUCGAAGGCUACUUUAAAAUCAGCACGGUCGAUGGCUAGCGUAAAAUCAGCUAAAAUCGACGAGCAGCUUAGGACCUGGCCGAUCGGAACUCCAUGGGAACAUUUGGGUCUGGAGGAUGCGUGCGAGGAGGAGGAAUACGAAAAACUGCCGCUACCGAGUAACGAGCAGGAGAUGAGGGAGUUCCUGAAGAAGUUUACGCACCAGGCGACCAUCUACAGGUCGUAUUACAAGCACUGGAAGGAGACAGCGGAUCGGGCGACAAAGGAAAUUGGAGGUAGACUCGUACUUGCCACCUUCCAAGUGCAAGGGAAGGACCAGACAGGGCGAACAAAGAGGCCUGUUCGUCCGAAGCCAUGCGGCAAUGUAUCAAAAAGGAAACUCGUGAAAUCGAAAGACCAGCAAGUUAACACGUCGGAUCUGAGCGUGAAAGCUAGCAUUGCCUCGUUGAAAUCAGGAAAGCGUUCUACUGUGACUAUUAAAGAGAAAUCACAAGAGCGACUGAACAAAGAAAGCCAGAAAUCCAUAGAGGUGCCCGAUUGGGUCAGGGAGUGUGCACGCGCGUUGGAACCCAUACCUUAUCUCUUUUACGUGAGAACGGAACCGGACAUCGACAUAGCUAUAGAGCACGAUGACGAAGAAGUAAUUCUGGUGGACCUGGAUCGCGAGGGGGUGAUUGCACAGAGCAGACGUGUCUUCUUCAAUCUCACGGAUAAACCGUGCAAAGGAGGGAAGCCAUGGAUAUAGAGAGCAAUAGAACUUGAUCAAUAUUUCAGGACACUAAUUACAGUACAAUAAUAACAAUGCCAAGUAAAUAGAGCAGUUGGUAAAGUUGUUGUUUACAGCGAAAUUUCCGGGUGUUUCGUGAAGUUUUAAUCGAGCCGGAUCCAUUAGAAAGCAGGUAAGAGGAUCCUGGUCGCAUAAUCACCCAGGACGAAAUGAUGUUCCAGUUCUCUGGACAUCGGCAAACACGAGGACGAGG